AUGGAAAUGAAGCCUUGGACGUGCUUUGGUGUUUGUCUAGUAGUGCUGCUGCUAUUUGUCGAUAAUCCUAUAAGUAAUGUGGUAUCGCAGGACAUAUCAUGCCUAAAUAAGCUUGCUCCUUGCCUAAACUACCUUAAUGGAACCCGCAACCCUCCAGACGAUUGUUGCGAUCCUCUGAAGUCGGUGAUCAAGUCGAACCCAAAAUGCUUGUGUAGUAUGAUAAGCAACCGGGGCACAACUAAAGCCGAGCAAGCCGGCAUCAAUAUCACCGAGGCUCAGCAAUUGCCGGGACGAUGCGGCCAACACGUCAACCCCAUCGCUUGCCUUUCAAGUAAUUCUCCUAAGAAAUCCAACAACUCAGUUCCGAACUCUGCAAAUAUCUAUUCAUUGCCUUCCCGCGCAAGUAUGGUAGCCACUGCUUUGUCAACCAUGUUUCAGCUUGUAUUGAUUAGCAUCAAAUAG